AUGGCGUUCGACUCGUCGGCCAACAAGAGGAAGAAGAACCGCUGCGAUGUUCCUGAAGCUGCCACUGGGGAUUCCCUCUCAACCACAUUCCUCCUCAGAAGUGCGCGUCUGCAGACACCGCCAUGGAUCUCGCGAGCAUACUUCUCGACGGGAGCAUCGAACCUAAGCACCCGCGGCGCCUCGAAACUGGGAAGCCAGCAUGCGACCAAAGAGGUAGAAGAGCGGCUGCAAGAACUCCAGAGUUCUACCAUCACACUCUACCCGCGGUAUCAACAUACUCCUCAGGCGCGAAGCUUGCGAACACUGCAGGAGUACGUGGAUACCAAUGCUGGGGAUGAUGUGUCUGGGAGAGUGACCUCCAUCCGGCUGAGCGGUUCGAAAUUGGCAUUCGUUGAUAUCACCGAGGAUCAGACCAAGCUACAAGUCAUGAUGUCUCACUCAUCACUCGAAGACACCGGCAUAACCUUGACCGACUUCAAGUAUUUUUGCCGGCUGUUAAGAAGAGGUGACUAUAUUUUUGAGCAUCGAGGGCUCGCAACGACGGAACUUGCAGAGUCUAACUUUCAACCUCGACAUGUGGAAAUGCAGACGGAUCCCGAGAUAAUAGAGACCAUGAAGGCCCGAGCUACACUCAUACGGACAAUGAGACAGUUCUUUGAGUCACGGGAAUUUGUUGAAGUGUCCACUCCUAUUCUGUCCGCCGCCGCGGGUGGUGCAACAGCGAAACCAUUUGAGACCAAGGCAAUGGAGUUUCCUCACCGGAAAUUGAGCCUGCGGAUUGCUCCAGAGCUCUGGUUGAAAAGGCUCAUUGUCGGUGGGCUGGAUAAGGUUUUUGAGAUUGGACCUUCUUUUCGAAACGAAGGCCUCGACAAGACACACAAUCCCGAGUUCACGACCUGCGAGUUCUACGCCGUCCGCCAUGAUCUGCGCCAACUGAUGGACAUGACCAUGCGGCUCGUGAUUGACAUUCACCAGGCUAUCAGCGCUCUUCCCUAUCGAUUUGCGAAUGUACCCGCACACCUCCUCGAUUCUAUUUGUGGUCCUUACGAGGAGCUUGACUUCAUCCCUUCUCUCAACUCUGCCCUGGGGACCGAUCUUCCCAAUCUGUCCUCGCCGUCGGCUUACUCUGAGCUCCUUGAACUUUUUCGUUCUCGCAGUCUGCCCCUUCCCAGCAAUCCCACCGUCCCUCGACUUGUCGACAAGCUUUCAUCACUGUACCUCGAGCCGAACUCCUUACGGAAACCACUCUGGAUCACAAAUAUCCCCGAGUGCCUGUCACCUUUGGCGAAAUCUUACAUCCAUCCCACUGCACCCAAUGAUCAACCCGUUGCUGCACGCGCAGAGUUGUUCAUGGCAGGCAAGGAAGUCGUGAACUGUUACGAGGAAGAAAAUUCGCCUUUUGAGCAAAGGAGAAAGUUCAUGGAACAACAGAAAUAUGGCAGCCUUAAAUCCCGCCCACAAGCGAAAUCAAUCGAGAACGGAAUAACACCAGAUGAAAAUUUGGAAGGUGACGAAGAGGCGAUGAAAGUUGAUGAAGACUACCUACGGGCGCUGGAAUGGGGACUUCCGCCCACGGGUGGAUGGGGGUGUGGGAUUGAUAGGUUGGUGAUGCUUUUCACGGGAAAAGAGAGGAUCGGAGAUGUUCUCAGCUUUGGCAAUCUGAGGGCCGUCACAAGGAGCACAGAAGGGGACAGCAACACGGCAGUCGGAGGAAGCAAGUCUGAUCAAUGA